CACAUAAACGAGCCCGCCUGUUACCUUUCCGACGCCGCGCUACUCGGCCCUUCGCCCUCAAUCUAAAUAGAGGCUUUUGUGAACGGCCAGCUACCGACUGCGAUACUACGUCUUACGAGCCAGUGCCGCUGUGCGCGUGUUCAGUAUGGGGUGUGUUCACUGCGGGCAGUCGCCGCGCUAUCACUCGCUCAGCCUCCAGUGAUGACCACAGGAGCCGGUCACUGCCGAGCGUGGCUCACGUGGACGAUAUGUGUACGCAUUGUUUUUAUUUACGUCGGGAUUGUGAUUACAAUGAGGGUUCUGUUUUUUGCUUUAUCUGUGGUUAUGGUUUUGUUAUCGGCUGCCAGUCACGGAGUCUCCCCCCCAGAUAGUCUGAGGCUGGUUUGGCUAAGCAACUCUUCCCUCACAUGCAAUGAUGGGACGCCAGCCGGAUACUAUAUCCGGCGAGGAGCUAAUAGUCAACACUGGGUUGUGUACCUGGAAGGUGGCGGAUACUGCUGGGAUAAAACAUCAUGUGAAGGUCGAUGGAAACGCCGUCCAGGUCUUAUGUCGUCAUCGCGCUGGCCCAGAGCUCGACGUGCCCCAGCGUUAUUAUCUGCUGACCCUGCAGCCAACCCACUCUGGCACAAGUCGAACCAUGUUCUACUACCCUACUGCUCCAGCGACAUGUGGGCGGGAACUCGCAUUCAAACAACCAACACAACCUUUGCAUUUACUGGUCGACUCAUAGUGAAAGCUGUAUUAAACGAACUACUCCAACUAGGUCUCAAAGGCCGGCUUUUACUCAUUGGCUCCAGUGCUGGAGGAGCAGGUGCUAUGCUGCACGCUGAUGCUGCUAGACGCACUCUACGAAACCAUGGAAUCCGAGUGGCAGCAAUCGCUGAUUCAGGCUGGUUUUUAGAUAGGCCACCUAGAGCAAGAAAAGCGUCAUCGACUGACGCAAUCGCUAGACUUGGCCAUUCGUUAUGGCAAGGUUCUCCGCCUUCAGCUUGUGUGCGUAUAUAUCGAGAGAAACCGUGGUUGUGUUAUUUCGGAUAUCGACUAUAUCCACACAUUCGGACACCAUUGUUCGUCUUUCAAUAUUUGUUUGACUCGGCACAACUGACGGCAGAAGGAGUGCGGGCUCCGCGUACGCGAGCUCAAUGGGACGCGGUCCACGAGACCGGCUCAGCCAUUCGUGCCAGUCUCAAAAGUGUAAGAGCUACGUUCGCUCCAGCCUGUAUUGCUCAUGGAGCUCUAGCGAGGCCUGAAUGGCUGUCGAUCAACGUAUCUGGGGUGUCACUUCCGCGUGCAAUUGCGUGUUGGGAACGUCGGAUAGGGAAUGCAAACAGGCGUGAUCGAGUUCGGUGCGCACCAAGGAGGCUAAUCGAGAGGUGUUCUUGGCCUCAAUGUAAUGGUUCCUGUCCUAGACUGCGCGAUCCUCGCACCGGUGAAGAGGUGGCUUUAGCAGCCUUAUUGCAGAGCUUUGGAUUGGACGUUCGAGGCGCGGCUGCAGCGAUGGGACUCGAUGCGAGAGCGUUAUCCAGAAUGAGUCGAGCUGAGUUAUUGCCUCUGUUAGCUCCGCACAAGUGAUACUGUAUCAUACAUAGACUGUUUACGUGCAUUACUGCACGGUGAAUCUACCUCGUUUUUGUUGCAAGUACAAUUAAUUUUAAUGUUAGAUGUUAUUUAUUGUAAUGAUAUGCUGCGGUAUUUAUAAAGAUUAAAUAAAAUGCAAACA